CGUCGACAUGACCUUAUUAAUAUUCAUGAGUAAAGCCUCCGCCAUAGUACGGUUCGUAAUUACGCGACCCUCCCACACUCUCUCUCUCUCUCACAUUCUCCGUUCAUCGGCUGUCCUCAGCAUCCCCUCUGUGAUGAUGGCGUGUGUGGAUGCUGCUGAUGCGGCGGUGCCAGGGGCCUAAUCCACCGGUUACCGGGAAACCCGAGAGGCUGGACAGUAUGAGUCUUUCCUUUAACGACCGGCUACCGGAUCACUGCUGUAUCUCGUGUCAGUUUGUUUGUUCGCGUGAAACCGAGGAAUGAAGUGCUGCAACCAUGAUGCAAGGACUGAAAAAGCGUACCCGAAAGGCCUUCGGGAUACGGAAGAAAGAAAAGGACAGUGACUCCACUGGAUCACCAGACAAAGACAAAUCUAAAAAAGCCAAUGGUGCACCUAAUGGAUACUACGGUGAGAUUGACUGGGAUCGAUAUAACUCUCCGGAUGUGGAUGAUGAGGGUUACAGCGUUAAACCUGGAGAACAAGGGGGAGCAGCUCCAAAAGUCAAGAUGUUAUUCUCCUCCAGUGAGUCAGAGGGAGAGGAGGAGCAUGGGAAGAAAUUCAAGAUCAAAAUCAAGCCGUUGACAUCAAACAGUGGAAACAGCACUGUGUCUGCUAUGGAUGAGCUGAAGGCCUCAGUGGGGACGCUGGCGAUCUCUCCUUCUCCUCUGAGAAAGAGUCCGAGGCGAAGUCCAUGCCAGAUGAAACGAAACCUGUCAAGUGAGGAGAUUGCCAGACCACGACGAUCUACUCCAACACCCACGACAACUCCAGGACCCGGUUCAGACCCGCCCAGAGAAAAAACAACAGUGUUCUUCGGCUCGCCAUUUGAGACCAGUUUUGAAGCACACAACUCAGAAGUGUUCUCGGUUGAGCCGGAGCUCUGGUGUCAGUCCACUUCUCUCUCCUCCUGUGUUCUGAGCAGAUCUCUGCCCACUGGAGGUACUGCAUGUCAAAUGUCCAAAAUGUUUUUUGAUAAUGCCAGUUUGAAGCUUCAGAACUGCCCCAGUGAAGGCGCCAAUAAAACACACAAUGGUUAUUAUAGUGUGGUUCCUAGUGUCAGAGGAGAUGGAUCUGCUUCGGCCUGUCAGGAUGCCCCAUUAUCUGACCCAUCCAGAGGGCGUGCGUCCAUGCCUGACUUGGACAGUGUUUUUGGGCCUGUUGAGACGCCCAGGUCUGGAUCAGAUGUGGUGCAGUGCAGCUGGGUGAGCUUCAGCGAAGGCUCUCCCGCCAGACCUCCUCCGCCAGAUGAACCCGCCCCUUCCCCACCUCUGUCCUCUUCCCCUGCGGACUCGCCCCCGACCUCGCCUCUCAACCUGCCGCCACCCGUCUCGCCCCCUCCCCCACUCCUCUCCAUCCCACCUCCAGAUUCACCUCCACCACCACCGCCCUCAGACUCUCCUCUGAGUCCCCUGGACCUUCCCUGCUGCUUUCAGCUCCCAGAGUCAGAGCUCGCCCAAGAGUCCCCCGUCACCCCUGCCAGCCCUGGACUGCCCUUCCUGCCAGCAGACCACCCUCCACAUGGAGCCAUACCUUCCCCUCUUGCCUUGAAAGAUGACAGCAGAAGAACCCCUGACCUGGUGGGCAUGAGGGACGAGAUUGCUGUGUUUGGCACGUCACCCAAAGACCUCACAGCAGGAAGCUUCAGAGGAACUCCACCUCCACUUCCACCUCCUACUUACAGGAGUGUGAUGGGCUCCCCAGGGCCUGGCAGUGGGCCGUCCUCUCCCGCACGUGCCGGCACUCCCCUGUCUGCUGGCAGUCCGAUCCCACCUCUACCACCAAGACCAUCAUCACGACCUAAACUACCACCUGGAAAACCAAGCCUAGCAGAUCUGGCCCGUCCCUUCAGUCCCCCCAUCCACUCGUGGAGUCCUCCACCCUUUGCUCCUCUGGCCAGAGCUGAGAGCACCUCCUCCAUCUCCUCCGUCACCUCUCUGAGCGCAGCUUCCACACCUACUCUAGGCCGAGAGCUCAACCUCUCUGUAUCAGCGUGUUCCAGAGGCCCAAGUCCUCUCACAAUGGGACCCCAGGACACUCUACCAGUGGCAGCCGCCUUCACAGAGACCAUCAGCGCCUACUUUAAAGGAGCAGAUCCCACUAAGUGUCUGGUGAAGAUCACUGGUGAGAUGGUGCUGUCUUUCCCAGCAGGGAUCACCAGACACUUCUCCAGCCAUCCCAACCCACCAGUGCUGACCUUCACCAUCAGCCAGUACAAUCGGCUGGAGCAGGUCCUUCCCAACCCACAGCUUCUGUGCUGCGACACCACGCCACGUACAGGCGAUUCGAAAGAGUUCUGGGUCAAUAUGUCAAGCUUGUUGAGUCACCUGAAGAAAGUGGCUGAGCAGAAGCCACAGGCCACGUAUUACAACGUGGACAUGCUGAAGUACCAGGUGUUCACUCAAGGCAUCCAGUCCACUCCGCUGAACCUUGCGGUGAGCUGGCGCGGUGAUGCCAAUAGCACAGACCUCAGGAUAGACUAUAAAUACAACAUAGAGGCCAUGCCCACACCCACACCACUCACCAAAAUCCACUUCGUGGCAGCUGUGGACGGCGGCGUGCACAAACUGCAGGCAAUGCUCCCACCUGCCACCUGGAACCCAGAGACACAGAAAAUAGCAUGGAAGAUCCCAGAGCUCUCACAGAGGUCUGAAAAUGGAGGGGUGGGCGCUCUUCUGGCUCGCUUCCAAUUAGCCGAGGGCCCCAGCAGACCAUCUCAGCUGGCAGUGCAGUUCACCAGUGAGGGCAGCAAUCUGUCUGGCUGUGAUUUUCAACUCAUAGGUUCAGGCUACAGACUCUCCCUGGUUAAAAAAAGGUUUUCUGCAGGUAAAUAUCUGGCAGACAACUGACCCGGCCACAGCGAUGACCUGCAGGAUGGACUGUGAGUUGGACGUUAGGAUGCUCUUUUGGCACUACUAAGACUUUUGAAAAUGUUUUUAUUGAAACUCCAGAAAUACAGCACUCAGAAUCUCACUUAUAAUGUCUGGUGUAGAAUAUCAUCAGUGCGUUCUGUGUGUGUGUGUGUGUGUGUGUGUGUG